AGGCAGGAAGUGAACAUACCAUUAACUUACUUUCAUUUUUGCCUUGCAGGGGAAACGGCAGCUCAGGCUGUCCCCCAGGUACCACACGCUGAGGAGUGAUGGCAGACAGGAAGCUCCUAGAGGUGCGGACAGCCUUCGUGGAGCGUGUGGGAAAGCCUGUGAUCUCUGGGCUCCUGGACGACCUGCUAGACCAGCGGGUCCUGAGCUCUGAGGAGGUGGACACUGUGCAGGACCAGUACACGCUGCGUGCUGACAAGGCCCGCUGCCUAAUUGACAGUGUGCGCCUGAAGGGUCACAAGGCCAGCAAGAUCUUCAUUGAGAGCCUCAGGCAGCGUGAUGGCCUCUUGGCAGAGGAGCUGGGUAUGGGUGCUGGCUUGGGGCUCCCUGGCAUGCAGUUGGCUUUCCCCAGUGCUGAUGUCAUCCCUGGGCCCCCCACCGGUAUCCAGGGCCAGCAGUGGAUCCAGCAGUGCUCUCUGAGCGAGUACCAGCGCAUCUGUGAGGCAGAAGGAAACCAGAUCUAUCCCAUUUACCUGCCACUGGAGAAACGAACCCGCAGGGCCUUGCUCAUUUGCAACAUUGAGUUUGAGUACUUGAGCAAGAGGAGUGGGGCUGAAAAAGAUGUAGAAGGGAUGACAAAGCUACUGGAAGGAUUGGGCUACAAGGUGGAAAUUCACCUCAACUUAACUUCCAAGGAGAUGACUGAGGUCUUGAAGUAUUUUGCCAGCUGCAAGGAACAUCGGAACUCUGACAGCACAUUCCUAGUGCUCAUGUCCCAUGGAGUCAGAGCUGGGCUCUGUGGGACCAAGAGCAGAAACAGGAACACAGACAUCCUUUCCCUCGAUACCAUCUAUGAGACCUUCAACAACAAGCACUGCCAGGCACUGCUGCACAAACCCAAAGUGCUCAUCAUCCAGGCCUGCCGGGGAGAGAAAGCUGGGUCUGUGCUGGUGAGAGACUCUGACAUCCCUGAGAUGACUGAUCCCAGCUUGGCUCCCACGACCACUGCAGGGUUGGAAAGUGAUGCAAUCCAUGAAGUCCACCUGGAGAGUGAUUUUGCCUGUUUACAUUCCUCCACCCCUGAUACUGCUGCCUGGAGAAGCCCCCAAACUGGCUCUGUUUUCAUCCAAAAUCUGAUAGCGCAAUUUAGAAACUAUGCCUGUAACAGCCACUUGCGUGAGAUCUUCCAAAAGGUCCAACAGUCCUUUGACAAAUUUCCUCAGCAGUUGCCAGCAGAAGAGCGAACUACGCUGAUCAAAAAGUUCUACCUCUUUCCAGGCCACUGAUCUCCUUCCAUUGCUAAAAAAUGAGACAUGCACAGACAGAAAGUGUUUGAAUUUGGUGGUAACAGAGUGGAAGACAUAUGCUCAAGGUGAACACAGCCCUGCUCCAGAAAAAUGCAAUUCUUCAGAGAACUGAAAAGAGGAAAGGCCAAACCCAGCUUUUCAUCUGCAAAGUUCAGCCUCCAGCAAGGCGCUACACAGAACAGCCUGCCUUCUCUACAGUGAAUCACCAAACGAACGACUUCUACCUGCUUCUGCUAAAUGACAAGAAUAUUCCUCAAAUAAAAUUGUCCUCGGUCUCCUCACUUUCCCAAACAGAACACACUCUUGUUAGGGAACAGCAAAAAUAUCUGGCACCAGAACACAAAACGCAAAGCUGGUUAAUGUAUCUCCUAACCGUUCUCAAAUAAAGCUUCCAAUGCAAGCAUGUCA